GUGAGAGAGCAGCAGUAAAGUGGAUGUAUGAGUGCACAUGUUCACUGUCCUCUGUCUGCUUCUGCUGCUCAACGCUCCACAUCCAACAUCUCCUGUUUCUGGACAAAGCCUACUCCCUUUCAUCAUCCCACUGGAAGUUUUAGCAACAAGAGGCAUUUAAAGGGGGAAAACAAGAAGAUGACCAAAAGCAACGGGGAAGAUCCACGGUCAGGGAACAGGAUGGAGCGCUUCCAGGAAGGGGUUCGCCAGCGUUCUCUGAUGGCCAAAAAAAAGAUGCAGAACAUAACAAAAGAUGAUGUGAAGAGUUUCUUCAAGCGCAAUGGCUUUGUCCUUUUUACCGUCUUCGCUGUCAUUAUUGGUAUCAUCCUGGGAUUUUCUGUCCGAAAGUAUCACAUGACGUUCAGAGAGAUCAAGUACUUCUCCUUCCCAGGGGAGCUUCUCAUGAGAAUGCUGCAGAUGCUGGUCCUCCCUCUGAUUGUAUCCAGCUUAGUGACAGGAAUGUCUGCUCUCGACAGUAAGGCAUCGGGAAAGAUGGGAAUACGAGCCGUGGUAUAUUACAUGACAACAACGGUGCUUGCUGUUUUCAUCGGUAUUAUUAUUGUCAUAAUAAUCCACCCAGGAAAGGGCAGCAAGGAGAAAAUGCACAGAGAAGGAAAAAUUGAGCAAGUAACUGCAGCUGAUGCUUUUCUGGAUUUAAUAAGAAAUAUGUUCCCGCCUAACAUGGUAGAAGCCUGCUUUAAACAGUUCAAGACAAACUAUGAGAAGAAACUGUUUCGAGUCCCCAUUCCAGCCAAUGAAUCCCUUCUGUCUUCAGUAGCCAAUAAUGUAUCCGAGGCCAUGGAAACAUUGGUUAAGAUGAGGGAAGAGAUGAUACCCGUUCCAGGAGCAGUGAAUGGAGUCAAUGCCCUUGGACUUGUGGUUUUCUCAAUGUCCUUUGGGCUGGUCAUUGGAAACAUGAAAGAACAGGGGAAAGCUUUGAAGGACUUUUUUGACUCCCUCAAUGAAGCAAUUAUGAGAUUGGUUGCUGUAAUCAUGUGGUACGCACCAAUUGGUAUCCUCUUUCUGAUUGCUGGAAAGAUUGCCGAGAUGGAAGAUAUGGGGGUAGUUGGUGGGCAGCUUGGAAUGUACACCAUUACGGUUAUUAUAGGACUGCUUAUUCAUGCUGUGUUCGUUUUACCGCUCCUCUACUUUUUGGUAACUCGGAAAAACCCAUGGGUUUUCAUUGGUGGAUUGAUCCAAGCCUUAAUCACCGCUCUGGGAACCUCCUCAAGUUCUGCUACAUUACCAGUUACAUUUAAAUGCCUGGAAGAGAACAAUCACGUGGACAAAAGAGUUACAAGAUUUGUGCUACCAGUAGGAGCCACAAUCAAUAUGGAUGGCACUGCCCUCUAUGAAGCCCUGGCUGCCAUUUUUAUCGCUCAAGUCAACAAUUACGACCUGAAUUUUGGGCAGAUUAUUACAAUCAGUAUCACAGCUACAGCCGCCAGCAUUGGAGCAGCGGGAAUCCCUCAAGCUGGUUUGGUCACCAUGGUUAUUGUUUUGACAUCAGUGGGGCUUCCAACAGAAGACAUUACGUUGAUUAUUGCCGUAGACUGGUUUUUGGACCGUCUUCGUACCACAACCAAUGUACUUGGAGACUCUCUGGGUGCAGGCAUCGUAGAACAUUUGUCUAGGCAUGAGCUCAAGGGAGGCGACGCUGAGAUGGGCAACUCAGUCAUUGAGGAGAAUGAAAUGAAGAAACCGUACCAGCUGAUCUCCCAGGAAAAUGAAAGCGAGAAACCCUUAGACAGCGAAACGAAAAUGUAAAAGACCCGAUCACCUCUUACAUUUCUUCGUCUGUAGAAACACAGUCAUGUCACUUCCCUCUUGCGCUCUGGUCUGAUACCAACACAUACAUAAACCAUUGAGAAUUAGCAGGUGCCAAAAUCCCCUUAUAAAUACAAUUUAUAUCUUUAUUCUGAAAUCUCGGCCCUGCUUAGAUAAAAAAAAAAUUCUGUAUAGCAAAUCUGUAUUAUCAUGAAAUUUUAGGGAUUUGUCCCAUUUAAAGUUUAUUCUGCUCAUCUUUUAUUAUUGUCACAAGAGAGUCCUCUGCUUUUGCCUAAAAUAUCAAAUCAACAAAUGUUUUUUUUUCCCUCUUUAAGACAAGGAACGUGUAUUUAUACAGGG